CCGGCCUGCUCCACCCCCACACCAGCCCGCAUGCUGGAAUCCACAACCACAAACCGCAUGGAGAAUGACAUCCCGAUUCCCACCCGUUCGUUUCUGACGUCGACGCCCAAGCAUCUCACACAUACAUCACCGUCACUCUCUCACCCUCCAGACACCAUCACCACCCCACGCCCGCCAUGGACGGCCCCGGCAGCACCAGCACCAGCAGCUCCCUCUCCCCCGAGGCCAUCGCCCUCGCCGCCCGCAUGUUCGACUCGGCGCGCACCGGCGACAUGCCCAUCUUCCAGCAGGCCCUGCCCGCCGGCCUGCCGCCCAACAUGACCAACGACAAGGGCGACACCCUGCUCAUGCUUGCCGCCUACCACGGCCACGCGGCCCUCGUCCGCCUCCUCGUCCAGCACGGCGCGGACCCGAACCGCCUCAACGACCGCGGCCAGAGCCCCUUGGCCGGCGCCGUCUUCAAGAAGGAAGACGAAGUUAUCGAGGCUCUGCUGCAAGGCGGCGCUGACCCCGACUACGGCAACCCCAGCGCGCUGCAGUGCGUCGCCAUGUUCAAGCAGGAGGAACGCUGGCAGGCCAAGUUUGAGGGCGCGCCGGGACGGGGCAAGGCCCAGCCGCCGGAUGCCCCCGCGCCCAAGGCGUAGGUAGUUAGGUAGGCGCGACGUUGAAGACUCAAAGGAGAAGAGGCUAGGGCGCACGGGGCAAGAUACCCAGGUGUGGAAGCGGCGCGGUGCGGUGUGCCUGGCAACGCGCCCAAGGAUGAUGGACGGGGCUACACUCUCGUCGAGGUGGAUUCAUGGCAUUGAGGUGUAGUACGUUGAGUGAACAUCUAUUGUACAGUGUACCAUGCGCGCACAGUGAGAGGGGGUCUUGGAAGGUGACUCUCCGUGCACUGCGUUUUCGUUCGACGCGCUGUCGCUUUACAAGUCUCAACGUCAAAGGACUGGCUGCUCUGCGGGACAUGGACCACCUGCUUCUGAACGUCCAGGC